AUGGCGUCCGCGGCCGCGCAACUUUCGCUUCCGCGCAUCUUCCGUUCAUCUCCAGACGUCCACUGUCAGUCGUCGAGCCGCCAUCGCUCCGCCGUGCUUCCGCGUUUCACGGGCUUAAAAAUCUCGUCACCAGCUGAGCGAAUAGGCGGUGAAAAUGCGUUCCGCGGUACCAGUGCCGUGCCUGGCCGAAAAGGGGGAAAGGGGGAACCUCUCCGCCUUCCGAGUGCGCUGGCGCGCGCGGACGUUGUGGUGGCUGCGGCGGAAGGCGGAACCCGCGCGCCGCCGCGGGAUCGGAAGCAGAAGCUCGCUCCGCCGAGCGGGCGCGCGGGGGGCGCGGGGAGAUCGGGAGGCGGAAAGAUUCCGUACGAGCUCGAGGCGGUGAUCAGCAAUCUCGUGUCGCUGGCGCCACGUGGCAGCAUCUCGCGAUGCAUGGAGACGUUCAAGGGGAAGCUGACGCUGCCGGACUUAUGCGCUGAUCUUCAAGGAGUUCGCGCAAAGGGGAGAUUGGAUCCGCGCCAUGCGCCUGUUCAAGUACAUGCAGCGGCAGCAAUGGGCGCCAUGCCCUGGGAUGGGCUCGUUGAUAUAUUCGCCAAGAUGAGGCAGGAGGGCGUGCAGCCCGACAUAGUCACGUUCAACACGCUGCUAGCAGCUUGCAAUGCACGCUCGCUUGUGGAGCAAUCAGCUAUGGUCUUCCGCUCUAUGGUUGCCUCCCAGGUGCCGCCCAACGCCCUCUCGUACGCCUCAUUGGUCGACACGCACCGCCGGGGCGGGCAGCUGGGCGGCGUGCGUCGUCUGUUCCAGGAGAUGUCGGAGGAGGAAGGGGUGGUGGCUGACGUGUCAGCAUACAACAUGCUCAUCGACGCUUAUGCAUGGGGGGGUGAAUAUCAAGCAGCUCAAGAGGUGUUCAACGAGAUGCAGCAGGCCGGCUGCAUUCCCAACGUGGCCACCUACACGGCGCUCCUCAAGGCCCUCGGGUCCAACGGCAGCUACCACCACGUGCGAUCCGUUUUCACCCAAAUGAAGGCCUCUGGGAGGAAACCCGACCUCGCCACGUACCGGACCCUGCUAGACGUUUUUAUUUCUGGAGGGUUCUUCCGAGAAGCUUCACGGCUGUUCUGGGACAUGGAGGAGGAUGGCGUGGAGGUGGACGAAGGGGCGUUCACCUCUCUGCUCGUGGCGUGUGGAUUAGGGGGGCUCACAACUGAAGCAACGGAAAUAUACAGGUUCAUGCGGGAGCGCUCACAAGUGCAGCCGUCAUCCUCGUUAAUGGAGGCUCUGAUAAGCGCGUAUGGGCAGGCGGGCAUGUACGACCAUGCACUGACGGCCUUACACGAGAGCAUGGAGAUGGGACUCUCAGACCAGCCGGGUCCUUUCCUCGCGCUCAUGGAGGCGUAUGCAGCAGGGGGCAUGCACGACGACGCAGCGUUCGUCUUUGCUCUCAUGAUGCAAUCCGAUGGGGGGAGAGCAGCAGCAGGCACAGCAGCAGGAGCAGCAGGAGGAACAACAGGAGCAGCAGCAGGGGGAUUUUUGUCAGGAGACACAGCUAAUGCAGGAAACACAGCUGUCUCGCUCUCUUCCCCGGCCCUCACCUCCUCUCCCUCCUCCUCCUCCUCCGCCUCCUCCUCUGAUCCGUAUCCCGCUGAUGCGUCUCUGCGGACGUUCAAUGCUCUUAUCGAGGCGUUCACUAAAGGGGGGCUCUACAACGAAGCGAUUAAAGUCAGCGAGGACAUGGAGCAAGCCAACUGCCGGCCCUCUCUGGCAACCCACGCAGCCAUGGUGGCUGCAUACAGCGCUGCAGGCACGUUUGAGGCCGCUUAUGCACAGACGACAGAGAUCAGGGAGGAGGGCAUGGUGCCGCCCGCUGCCAGUUACUGCCAUUUGCUGGCGCUCUGUGCCAGAAGGGGAAGGUGGCAGGACAUGAGGCGGCUGAUCGCGGAGAUGGAGGGGGGCGGAACGGGGGAGGAGCACCGGGUGGUGAGGGGACUGCUGGUGGGGCGGUAUGAGUCGGAGGAGUUCUGGCCGAUUGCAGAGGACUUCUUUGGACGCCUCAAGAGGGAGGGAGUGGCGGUCAACCGAGUCUUCCUCAACGCCCUCAUGGACGCCCUCUGGUGGGCGGGCAGGCGAGCCACAGCCCUCAAGCUGCACGCACCAGCCACCAGCCUCGCCGUCUUCCCGGAAGCUUCCUACCGCUCGCCCACCCUCUGGUCCCUCGACGUGCACCGCAUGUCACAAGGGGCGGCCUGUGUGUUUCUGCACCACUGGCUCUCCCAAGUGCAUGAGACAGCUGUGCUGGAGCCAGCAGAACUUCCUCCACUUUUCAGUAUAGUCACAAGGUCUGGUGCUUGA